AGGAAAUAGAAAUUAAGAGAGUUUUGAGAUGGAGAGAAGAAACAAUGUAAAGGCAGUAGUGGUGAUGAUGAUAAUGAUGGUGGAGUUGGGGUUACUGGCAACACAGAGCUCAGCUAGUUUCAGCAGUUGCUAUGGUCCAUGCUUUAUUUUCUGUGUAUUGAAACCAAAUGAGACUGUUUGUACCUGUACCUUACAAUGCUUGAAGGACUGCUUAAUCCCUUCUUCUUCUUCUUCUUCUUCUUCUUCUUCAAUGCCUUCAUCUAUUGAGAACAUUUCUUCAUCUUCUCCACUCAGUACUGAUCAAUACUGUAACCUUGGUUGCGCUAUAUUCUCUUGUGCCUCUCUAAGCACCAAAAAGAACCCAGGUGUUAAAGAAGUGGGAAGUUGUGUGAGCAAUUGCUCCCAGAUUUGCACUGAGAAGCACUAGUACCCAACUCAGUUUUUUUUCUUUCUUAUUUGU